UCUGUACUGGAAUCAGUUCACCUGCUUCGAGUCUUCGGGUCUGAGGCGUUCGGUCAUCACGUGACAGUGACAGUGAUGAGCUGAACCAUGCAGCCUGAGCCGGAACAAUGAAUUAAUGCUUUCUGUUUCUUAUAGAGUUAUAGUUUUGUCUUGUUUGUAUUGUGAUCAACGAUUGCUUCUCCUGUCGACCACAAGAUGGCGCCGCACACUGACAGCAGCAGCAUCCUCCAUAACACUGCGCCUUCAUUUUCUUUUCUCACGUCCUCUUCAUCAUCCUCCUCAUCCUCCUGAAUGAUGGAGGAAGCAGGCUGCUGGAGCGACGCACUGGAGGAGAUGUGAGGAGGCAAAGCGCGACGUCAUGACCCGAGAUUAUAAACACUCACUGACGUCAUCGCGUCACUCACCUACAUCCUCCACGACAGCCGUCAGGCGGCCAGAGGAAGAGAGAGGAGGAGGAGGAGGAGGACAGCGACAUGGUGCCUGCCUCAUCACGUAAGCAGUGCUGUAGCUAAUGAAACUCAUGCAUGGACAGAAUGCAGCUAUUCUUGGGGAAAUAGUGUGAUUGGUGUCCUAACGUGUGACUGCUGCACCUCUCUGUCUCUGUGUCCCUCUCUAAAGACUGUGGAAAUCUGCAUAAAUCAGGGAAAGGUGGAUUUUAGCUCAGCCUGAUCACUUCCUUUGAGAACAGGCUGUGAGAGUGAUGUGAUGUGAUGAGAUGAGAUGUGACGGUCUGCGACGCUCCUCUCUCGGGUUCCUCCCGCUGUGACCGUGCCACCUGGCUUCGCUGAGAUGCGCGCAGAGACACAGUAAGGUACGAAAGUGUAAUAAUCCGCUCAGGAGAGAGAAAUGAGGAGCCACCAGAGCUGGCUGGUCGUCUCCUGUCUCUCUGUGCUGCUCUGCUGCUGGACCGGAGCGAGCGCCUGGCGGACACGUGACGUCAGUAAUAAUAAUUCUUACAGCCUGAUAAAAGUCGCGCCACCGCACGUCAGAAGCAGAGACGGCGAGUUUGAGCCGAAGCGGCAGGAAAGCGGAACCAACUCGAGCAGCAGCAAUGGCGACUUGCUCAAACAAGGUAGCGUGUGUGCGUACCGCGUCCUGGAGAGAGGCGAAGACGGACGGCUAUGUUUCCGACACGCUCGGGUCAACUUCACCUGUCCCGGCAGCACCUGCAGACAGGUGCGAUCACCUGGAGGUCACCUGGUCGCCAACCUGCUCUCCAACAGCACUGUGCUGCUCCAGUGGACUUACCCCAUGGUGCAGGAUAAAUCAGGACACGUUCUAGUGAACUCAGAGAUCCCGACAGAACCCACAGGGUCUCCACCUGCCCCACCAAAGAUGCCCAGCGUGGGGCAGCGGGAGCCUCAGGGGGGCUUCAGGAUGAGGUGCUGGUGGAACGGCAGCUACACUCAGUUCGAGUGUGCGAGUGUGCACCUGGCCAGCGGCUGCAGGGACUAUUUACUGAGCGAGCUCCACGAAAAUGUGCCCUACCGAAUCUGCCUGCAGCCGGCGGUUUGGGACGGGCCCGGCGAGUGUGUGGAGUUCAGCGUGUCGCCCACUGGGAUGCAGGACAUCGUGAUUGCCAUGAUGACGGUGGGCGGAGCCAUCUGCGUGAUGCUCGUCAUCAUCUGCCUGCUGGUGGCCUACAUCACAGAGAACAUCAUGAGUCCCAACGCGCAGCACACACUCGCCGCACAGCAGCACUCUCGCCGUUCACACAACACGUACCUCUGAACAUGCAGGGAUCAACACACACACACAUACACACACACACACACAUCAACAGUUGAGACCAUGGUUUCUUCAGGUAGGACGUGUUCCUGAAUCAGUCACUGCCCUCUGAUCAGCUUCAUCAGCUUUUUUCCCCAGAAAGACGAACCCACUGUUUGUUUGUUUGUUUGUUUUUUUUCUAUAGUGUAUGCUUCCUGGGUUAAAGUUCACCUCAUUGUACUCGACAGUAAAUAAACAUGAUUUCAUCACAACACACACCCUUUUACUUUCAAAUGAAGUGGCUUUCUAGUCAGUUUUAUUUGCUUUCAGUCAGGUUUCAGUUCGAUAUUAAAAUAUGCUCCAUCACUUUGGCUUCGUUGAUGAACAGAUCAGCAGAGCUCCACACUUCAGGUUUGUUUUACGAGAAGCUGAGGCGCACACUGAUGACAUCAGAUGGCAGUGAGUGGUUAAACAGAAACAUUCCUCACCACGUUCAUCUCUCUGUACCUACACAUAAUUCUAAAAAAAAUCCACAAACACCCUCCUACAGACCUCUCAUAUGAACAGAUACACACUUCUGUCACUUAUGGCACUCAAACAAAACCGUAACAAAUGAGGUCCUCGACAAACACUCUAACAGCCUCUUACAGCCCACACACACACACACACACACACACAUACACACAAACUCUACUAUCUCUGUGAGCUUCUGGUGACACCCACGCCAAAAAGACUGUGGCAAAAUACACACAUCAUAAAACUCGUUUUAGUUUAGACAUGAGCAUUGCUGCAUUUUGUGUUUUCUUUUUAUCUUGAAGCAAAAAAAUAAUAAAAUCUCACUGGAACCUCGGUUCUGAUCGGAUCCAUGUUCACAUAUCACAGCGUGUGUGUGUGUGUGUGUGUGUAAACACACAGAUCAGGUAGAAAAGCAAAUAAAAACAAGACUUGAUUUAUACAUCUACACACAAACAUCCGCCAAUAAGCUGUUGCGCCCCCUACCUGUGACUGUGUGAACUGACGUGUACCACUGAACUGUGCACAUUAGCGAAACUAGAUUAGCCAGGUAGCCGUAGGAGCAUGUGAUUACAAUAAAAGGUUUAAACUUAAGAUUUUUUGUUAAAUAUAGAUAACCGAGUGAAGGAUGAUCGUGUCAUGAGUGAUAUGAGUUUAAAGGAGGAGUUUGUCUGAAAAUGCUAUCGUGGCUAAUGCAUCUAGCAUCUUUAUGGUACACCUGAUUUGCCUAUAUUUUCAACCGAAACAUAGUGAAGAAGUUUAAAACAAAGAGUUGGAGAUAUGAUUAUUAGGUUGAAAGCUGAUGGGAAAAUGAUUGAAUGCUAACUGCAUCCUAUUAGCAUUCGUUUAGCAUUAGCAACAUUAGCAUUUUAGGCAAAGUGUUCUUACUGCUUUGAGAAUGAAAGAAGCACCUGACUUUUUUUUAAUAGUUUUUCUCCUCUAUGGGAGCAAUGCUGUUUUAUUUCUGUAGGACUUUACAGUAAUACAGUCGGCUAACACACGCCAUCGUUGUGGUGGCUACAAUAAGAUUUUAUGCCUUACAAAGUUAAUAAUAUUCAGUUAUACUGAGGACACGCAGACUGGUGAAGCAAUCUGAAUACUGUGCUAUUUUUUCCUCUCUGUUAUACAAAACCUCUUGUGUCAAUAAAAGAAUAAUUAGUCUAAUUUCAAA